UUGUGGAUUGGUGAUAUGGAAGAUGUAUCCCAGUCUGUACAAAGCACCCAUCCUCUCUGCUGAUUGUUGCCCUGAGACCCUUUUUCAUCACUUUCUCACUCCUGCACUGCCCAGUGUUGCUGCUGCUACCCAGGAACAGAUCUCCAUGGCAACAACACCCCCCUCCAUCCAUUCCUGCAUCCUCCUCCCUUUAGCGUAUAAAUGACAAAUCCGUCAUCCAAUCAACAACCUCAGCUGGCUGGGAGGGCUUUUCUCUCCAUCUAUUUCUCUGCUAGUGCAACCCAGAGAGCUGGAUCUGAGGGGGGGGGGAGGAAAACACCCAGCUAUCUUCCCCCUCAUUUCUCUCUUUCCCCUUUUUUUCUCUCUUUCCUCCCUUCAUUCCUUCAGUUGUCUUUUUUAGGUUUCCUUCUUUGCCUCUUCCCCACCCCUCCCUCUUCCCCCACACAUUUGCUUCCCCUCCUGAUCCCCAUGUGAGAUCACCUAUUGUUACAAUCCCUCCCCCCCAAAAAAAAUCCUCUCAUUCAUUUCACCUUUGAUAUCCUUUGCCACCCUCCCCCAUUUAUUUUCCAUCCCUCCUUUUCCUCUGUGGGCAACGGGCAACGAAGGAAGAAAAUCCAUGAGAAUGAAAGGCAGGUAGCCGCGAGCCCAGCGGUAACACAUCAACUUAAGGAUGCGGGCAACACAGCCUCUUGGGCGCUGCGACCAUUGUUCCUGCUGCCUCCUGCUCCAUUCCAUCAGUUCUGAUGUCUGAAGCCUGUCCUCCCCCUGCUUUGCUGGGGCAGCCAAUUUCUCUCCCUGUCCCCCUGCACCUGCGUCUUGAGACCCCUCCCAGCCUCCCUUCCCCUCCUUCCUGAUCCAUGAUUCCAGACUAUCCCUAAGAUGCUAAGGCAAGGCCCUUUCCUUCUCUUGGCAGCGUCCAUGUCGUAUUUCAACCCGGAGAAAGCUUUGGCAGCGCCUUCAGAAAAUGAUGGAUUAUCUCAGGGCCGGGCUCCCCUGGCCCCUCCCUAUGCUGUGGUUCUGAUCUCCUGCUCAGGCUUGUUGGCCUUUAUCUUCCUCCUCCUCACCUGCCUGUGCUGCAAGAGGGGUGAUGUGGGUUUCAAGGAAUUUGAGAACCCUGAUGGAGAAGAAUAUUCUGGAGAGUAUACACCACCUGCUGAGGAGACAUCCUCCUCCCAGUCCAUCCCAGAUGUCUACAUUCUGCCUCUUUCUGAAGUUUCACUCCCAUCUUCCAGUCAACAGAUGCCCAAAACAGAUUUAGUGAAACACUUGGGUCUAAGUAGACAGCACCUCAGUUACCUGCAGGAGAUUGGAAAUGGCUGGUUUGGAAAAGUUAUUCUGGGUGAAAUAUUCUCAGAUUUCACCCCUGCACAGGUGGUGGUGAAGGAGCUGCGUGUUAGUGCUGGAUCAUUGGAGCAGAGGAAGUUCUUGUCAGAGGCCCAGCCUUAUCGAAGCCUCCAGCAUCCAAACAUACUACAGUGCCUCGGCUUAUGCACAGAAACUAUACCUUUCCUCCUGAUCAUGGAAUUCUGCCAGCUGGGAGAUCUGAAACGUUACUUGCGAGCUCAACGCAAAGCAGAUGGAAUGACUCCCGAUUUACUGACACGCGACCUCAGCACAUUGCAGCGCAUGGCAUAUGAAAUCACACUGGGAGUGCUACACUUGCAUAAAAACAAUUACAUUCACAGUGACCUGGCACUUCGGAACUGCUUGCUGACCUCAGAUCUCACUGUGAGGGUUGGGGAUUAUGGCCUGUCACACAACAACUACAAGGAAGAUUAUUACAUCACUCCGGACCGGCUCUGGAUCCCUUUGCGUUGGGUUGCCCCAGAGCUGUUUGAUGAGAUGCAUGGAAAUGUGAUUGUUGUAGAUCAAACCAAGGAGAGCAAUGUUUGGUCAAUGGGAGUGACCAUCUGGGAACUGUUUGAAUUCGGCUCCCAGCCUUACCGGCAUCUUUCCGAUGAGGAGGUGCUGACUUUUGUCAUCAAGGAGCAGCAGAUGAAAUUGGCCAAACCUCGCCUUAAGCUUCCUUACUCAGACUAUUGGUACGAGGUGAUGCAGUCAUGCUGGCUACCAGCUUUCCAUCGCCCAACUAUGGAAGAGCUGCACUUGCAGGUGAGCUACCUGUUGAAUGAGCGCUCCAAUGCUCAGGCAGAGGAGAGUUUUGAGUGGCGCUGGAGUGCCCUGAAACCUAUGCGUUCCUCUUCCCCACCGCCGGCCUCCUCUUCUUCAGCACGCCAUCACUGCCCAUCAGAAGAGAUCUCAGCCUACCCACUCCUGGAUGGAUUCCAUGGUGGAGACAUGGAUGACAUUCUGACUGUGACCGAAAGCAGUGGAGGGCUGAACUUUGAAUAUAUGUGGGAGAAGGCCCGGCUGGGGCGAUGGAAGAGCUCUGCCUCAGCACCACCCGAAUACCCCUCCAGCAAUGGUGGGCUAGCUGUGCCUGUCAGCAACCCUUUCUAUGAACAGGCAGCGCAUCGUGGGCACAGCCUGGAGACGCCCAGCGUUGUGCCUGUCAUCAGCGCCCGCAGCCCUUCCGUCAGCAGUGAAUAUUACAUUCGCCUGGAGGACCAUGGUAGUGGUGAGGGGCCGGUCUGUGCCCCCAGCCCUGGUUCAGCACCACAGCCCCUCUUUCCCUCCGAUUGGGAUUGUCACAAUGCCCCCCUUCGGCCACCCGAGCAGUCCAGUACUAACCCUUUCUUGUCUGGGGGCAGCAGUGAAAGCAAUCCUUUCCAUGUAGAUGGUGAGAUCCAAGAGACGUCACUGACAGAGACACCAACCACAGAGGGUGAAGCAUUCCUUGCAGAAUCCCUACUCACUGUGUAUCGUGAGUUGGAGGAUCAGCAGCGUAGCUGGGAUGCUGAGAUGAUGGAAGAACGAGGGGCCGGAGAGACACUGGCUGGGGAUCCCUCAGAGUUCCAGGGGUCACCUUCCUGGGAACAGGAGCCUUCCCUGAUGGAGGACCACAGUUCUGGCAGUAGCACUGAUGAUGGUGGAAGCAGCAUUGGAGGAGGGCGGCGCAAACUUCUGCCCUGUCCCCUGUGCACUAGGGCGCGUUGCACAUGUGCCAUCCCUCGAGGGGAUGUGGUAAGCAGUUGGAGCAACCAUGGCCCACCUUUGAGGCGUCCUCACCGGGAUAGCUAUGGCACUGAGGACGACUCCUCACUCAAAGUGGAGAGGGGCUCCCUAUCUGACUGUUCUACAGUACCUCCUAGAGACUGUGAUGGAGAUACUGGGGAGCACAAUGAAUUUUAUGACCCACUUAUGGGCACAGUUGUGAAGACCUAUGAACUUCAAGAUUACCCAAAGCAGAGAGGUGGGGGAAACAUCCGUCCGCCUGGGUCACCCUUUCCAACUAUGUCAUCCGGGUGCUGCAAUGUGAUUGUCCCUGUAGAGAUACCACCAUUAUCUACUCUAGCUGAGACUAAUGAUGAGGAGACUAUUGCAAUUCUCCCAGAAGCUGUUGAUGGAUUUUCAACUGGCCCUGCAACCCUGAGCCUCUCCCCAGCAGCACCUGAUCGACAGAGAGGAACCUUAGACUCUGUAGAUUCCUUGGACAUUCCUUCUAAUACGAGCUCCUCAGAUGUCUGCAGCCCAGCCUCCCACUACUCCUCUCCAGGACAAAAAUUUGGGGACAGUGGCUAUGAAACAGAGAGCACCUUUUCACCUGAGUUCAUAUUUAAAGAGGAAUCACCUCCCUCACCUUCUGGAGAAGAAGAAGAAAUAGAAGCAGAGGAUGGUCCUGGCAAAGUCCCAGCAACACCCAUCUCUCAGUCCACUAGCGAUCUUACACUCUCAGUGAGCGAAGAAGGGACCGAACUUGAAGAAGAGGUAGGGAGGAGCUUGGGGCUUACAAUCCCUCACCGUGAUUCUGCUUACUUCUCUGAUGGGGAGGCUGAAUCUUCUGAGGCACCACCGAUUGUAACCAGAACUGAGGAAGAAAAGCCUUCAGAGAAGACAAUAGUAGAUGGAGGCUUUGUGGUUCAGGUGUGCAAAGAGCAGUUGUUGGUCACACUGCAAGAGAAUGUCACACGGAAUCUACUUUGCAGUCAGAAGGUACCAAAAUUGAGCUUUUCACCAAUUGCCUCCUUAAAAGACCAAGCCAUUGUCAAGCUUUGGAGGCUGGAACCAGAGGAGACACGGCAAACUGUGGAGGAGGAAGAAAAGGAAAAAGAAAGAGGAGGAGAAGAAAAAGAAGGAGUAGGGAGAGGAGAAGAAAAAGAAGGAGAAAGAGAAAGAGAGGAAGAGGAGAAUGAGGAAAAAAGCCACCUUGAGAAAACAGUGCAUUUCCAGUGGUUAGAAAGUGUGGAAGAUAAAGAAGAAGAAGAGGAGGAGGAGGAGGAGGAGGAGGAAGAAGAAGAAAAGCAGCAGCAGCGGAAGCAGGAAGGAACUGGAGAACCUGAAGAGAAGCAGCUUGAAUGGAAGGAAGAAGAAAGGAAGGAAGGAGAGAAAGCUAUUCAUACUGAGAUACAAAGUGAACCCAUGGCCAACAUGGAACAAUCACAAGAACCUCAGGAAGACACUUAUGUAGCAACUGACCAGCUCAAAAAAGAGCAGGAGCCUGGGGUCCUUGUAAAUCAAGCCAAUGAAGACAUCAAAGCCAAGCUAUCCCGUUUGUCUCUGUCACUGCCACCACUGGCUUUGCAGACGUUUGGCGGAGCAAGGAAAGGACCAUUUUGGGAAGGAACCGCUUUGGGGGAGGGUCCUGCUCUGGGAGGGAGAGAGGCUUCCCUAGGAGCAGAAGAGGAAGAGGAAGAGGAUGCUGAAGAAGACGAGGAAGGAGGCUUGGCUGGAAGUGGAGGGAGGGGUGUGCCUAUUGUGGUGAGUGAAAGCGAUGAUGCCCGCAACUUGCGUGGCCUUCUCAAGUCACCCCGCUCAGCGGAGGAGGCAGCAGCUGAGUUUGACCGCAAGCGAAAGAUGGUCUCCUUCUUUGAUGAUGUCACCGUCUACCUCUUUGAUCAGGAGACACCAACCAAUGAACUAAGCUCACAGGGAGCCCCUGAUGGUGAUGCCCCUUCUCCUGGCUCAGCUGCCGAACCUGGACUUGAUGCUUUCCCACCAGCUGAUGGCUUCAGUGGCAGUUUUGAGUGGGACGAUGAUUUCCCCCUCAUGGCUCAGAACCCAUCUUACGUCUCCAUGGUGUCGGACCCCAGCACAGCACAGCUACACCCAGUCCUGUCUUCACCAGUGCCCAUGACACCUGCCUUGCUACCAUCAGCCAAGCGGGCGGAGUCCAGCCUCGUGGACACUCUCAGAUUCUCUCGCUUCACCGUUUCUCCUGCCCUAGAGCCACAUCGGCCUCCAUCCUGUGAUUCUGAAUUGGGACCCACAGCUGAUGCUAUUGAGAACUGAGAAUCAAUGGAAAUUGGACAACCCCGCCACCUGUCAUCUCAACAUUCAGGGACAGCACCCAGUCAUCCAGUUGACCUGCUGAUACCAAGCUACCACACAUCUGUUUUCUACAGUGGCUAGAUUGACAGAUGUGUGUGUUUGUGUGUAUGUGCACGUAUAUAUCUGCGUGCACAGCAUGGGGCCAUUACUGCUAACUACAACUUGGCAUAUGUGGACUUCUGCUCUCCUGCUCACUGACACAUCUCUGCCUGGAGAGGGCAGAGAAGCAGAACUUUUUGUACAAACAGUUUCAGGCCUCCAUAUGAUGAGGAAGGUAUCUCCUCAGUGCUUGAGGCCCCUGCUCCGCACUGGCUUUUGAAUGUAUAACCCCUGUCCCCUUCCAGCCUCCCUUCCACUCUCUGAUAUGUUCUUUCUAAGGACCCUCUGUGCCAAAUUGAGAGGGUUGGGGGGUGGGAAGGGAGGAACCAAUCUUCAGAAAGUUGCCUACAACUGCUCAUGAGCCCUUCUGCAAUUCAUCACCUGCAGUCUUGUAAUAUGGAACAUGGCUACCAAUUUAAAAGUCCUUUUGUGCCAAAUGGAACUGAACAGGGCUGAUGACCAUCUCCAUUUAACCAGCAUUAUAUACAUAAAAAAAAGAUCACUGUUGAACCUCGGACAGAAUUUAUACUGGCAAGAUGGAAUAAUCAAAUGCUGUAGAGGGACCUUGGGUAGUGAGAGUUGUUUGGAUGGGUAUCCUUGGUCUGAACUCGAAGGACUGUUCACCAGUAUUGUUUUGUGUAUCGUCCAUUCAUUGAUUCCUGACGUGAUAAGGGAAAACAGUAAAUCGGUCACAUCACUCAUUUGUAGGGGCCAGAUAAUUGAUAGCCAUUGACUUAUUGUGGGAACUCCCUCCAUAUUGUCUUGACAGGUCAGUGAGCGCAUUGGACUGGGAAAAUCAUUCCUAAUUCAUACUCUGUGUUGGAGAUGGUUGGCUUGUAUUGGGAGUGGCUGGUUCUGACUUUCUCAGUCACCCACUGAUUUGUUUUAGAGGUUAAUAAUGGUCUUUUGGGGCCUGUUGGGAUACAGUUGAAAUGAUGAGCACUUUCAAGGAGUGGAAAAGUCAUCAGUUGUGCCAAAAACCACGGUGUGAGGAUGAAAUGGGUUGGACUGAAAAACACUGAAGCAAUUCUAUGGAGAUACCUACUCUGUGGGCAUUUUGAGGGGAAGCACCUCUGUCUUUAUCUGCAGGACAUUGUGGCCAGAUGGGAGAUUAUAAGCAGCAGUGAAGAGUGCUUAACCCUGAUGAAGGAAGAGGAAGAAUGGAAGAUUAGGCUUGAGCAUCCAAUUCUACUGGCUGAUUUAACUGCGUGUCUUCCACAUGUGUGUUCAAUACAUCUGGAAGGCACCAGUCUAAAAAGUAAUACCUGUGUUGGCCAAGAAUAAUGGAUGUUAUCAUUGUAACAUAUCUGGUGUGCUUCUUGGUGGGAAAGAUGGUUUUGACAAUUCUUCAGCCUGCCAAUGGCAUCUUAUAGGUUGGUUUUGAGCCUGUAAGCAGCCAAUAUUGACCAAGUUGAAUGAGCCCUUAGUGACUCUAAACCUUAAUUAACCUUAAGGCAAUAGUUUCACUUUUGAUUUAGUUUAUAACAGAGAAAAGUGAGUUUUCAUAAUUGCUCUCCUUAGUUUUAGCCAUGAUUAGCCAGAAAAAUGGUGAUGAAAGAGGGAAGUUGGCAAAUUCCUAGGGGAACAUGCAAUAAGAAUCAAAAUGUUGGAGAGAUGUUAUAUGCAAUCUGGGCAUGGCUUGAUUUAUGCGGAUGGCAAUUGCUAAUAUCCAGUCUGAUUUAUGUUGAAAUAGUAGCUGCAAUACUGUCCACUUGUUCUAUAAGCUCAACAGAAAAAGAACUAUUAGCUGGUUUCUUUGGAGUGCUGAUGUGUUGACAAGAAUUUUUUUUUUUUAGUUAGGUCCCCAAAGUCUCUAGCCGUGGACUCUGGGUAUUUUACAUCAGCUGUAUCUUUCUUGAAGACCUUAAGGCUAGCUAUCCACAGAACAUUUAUCCAUACUGUAUUCAGUGAAUUAUAUAUUUCACUAAGGAAGUCCAGGACUAUCAACUAAUUCUGGCUUUCACAACCUUGGGAAAUUCCAGGAGUGUGGACUUCAAGUCUCAGCAUUCUACAGCCAAUAUGACCAUUGAUGAGAAUUCUGGGGGUUGACGUCCAAGUUCCUGGAAAUCCCCAAGAUUGGGAAACACUGAACUAAAUAGAAAAGGUGCCUGGGAGCAAACUGUUUAUAGCACCUAUUUCCCAAAUGGUGAUUUCCAACACUGGAAACUAAGUAAACUACAAGUUUUUGAAGUCCUCACUCUAUUUACUAGUCUCUAAAAAGUUUUAUGGCCACUAUCUAUGCCUCCAUCAGAUGAUAUCCUUUGUGAGAGGUUUAAGGCAGCUUUGCCUGACUUAAUGCUUUCCAGAUGUGUUAGAACUACAACUCUUAGCCAGCAUAGCCUGAAAAUUCUGGGAACUGCAGCUCCAUUAGAUCUGGUAGUAGUCCCAAUUAGGAGAUGACGUCAAGGAAGUUUUUUCUUUCAGAGAUUUUUAUCCUUCUCUAAAGCAGAAGGUGCUCAGAUUCCAUUGCUUUUGGGAUUUUUAAAAGCAGUGGGAAUAAAGUAGGAAGGGUGUUGUAGGGUUACACACCAGCUUACAAUGUGUUGCAGAUGCUUGCUCCACUUGCCAAUUGGAAGAAAGAGUUGGCUUACUGGAUUUGGUUGUGUUUAACUGCCGUGCCCUUUUCAAAAGUGCCGGGUUUUUCAGUAACAACUUCAUUACAAAAUUAGAAUCCUGAGCCUGCUCCAGGGUGUGGCAGGGGUGCACCCAGCAGGUGACAAGAUCCUUCUACACUUUGGCCACAAGUGUUCUUUAAGUGCCUGUCAAAUGCUUGGGCAGCAUCUGUAUUAUCUCAAGAACAUCAAGACUGGAAACUGACUGGUUUUGCAUGGCAUCUCCACAUUUUGCCUCUUGGUGGUGGGCAGUGUGAACAUUCUGAUUAUCUAGCUUCCAUUCUUGCCAUGAUAUCAACAUUUUCUCUAUGAUCAUGGCUUCCAUCUUGGUACCAUAUAUUCCAUUUUUUAUACAUUCUGAGGGAAACAGAAGUUUGGGUAUGAUAUCAAUAAUCCCCAUUCCUGUUGCCAUUUGUAGCACAGAAUAAAGAAAGAAAGGGAUGAUCAUCUUUAUUGAAUGCUCUGUUAAAAUGGAAGAGUUUUCUUUUUUGGGGGGUGGGUGGGUGUUUUUUUGUUUAUAAUGAAAGUGGUAUUCUUUAAAAAGACUGGUAGGAGGAAUGGAAGAAUAAAUACACCUAUGACCAUUUGUCUUGUAUGAUUCCACUGAGGAAUGAUAUUGAAUUAUGAUGGGUCGACCAGUGAAAUAAUAAUCUGAAUAUUUAAGGAAUGGAUGAUUUACUAAGGUACAAAAGGAUGCACUGUGGAGAGCCUGGGUAGCAGAAAUAGGUGGAUAAAUGUUUUACAGGGUGAUAUUCAUUAGUAGGAACAUUCAUUGAAAGAAUAUAUGGGGAUAGAGAAAUAUUUAAAUAGCAAAAUUAUAAUAGCAUCAUAUUUUGUUACACAUAAAAUCCAGGGUUUUCUGCAGAUUGUAUAAAUGGGAAUGCAAAUGGGGAUACAGCCUAGUUCAGGGGUAGGCAACCUUGGCUCUUUUAUGACUCGUGGACUCUGUGCUGGCUCAGGAAUUCUUGGAGUUGAAGUCCAUGAGUCAUAAAAGAGCCAAGGUUGCCUACCCCUGGCCUAGUUGAUGAGAGGGGAAGGGAUCUUUUAACAUCAGACAAGGAAUUGGUAAAGCUGUAAUUUGUAAGGAAAACAUUAUGAGGCAGGAAAACUGGUGAAGUCUAUAAAGAUUUUUCCAACAAAGAGCACUUUCAUUCCAAAACUAAAGCUCUGGAAUAAAGUUGCUUCAAGGUACCAAGAAAACAUAGAAAGGCACAUAUUUAUAUUAAACUUUAUUAAUUUUAAAAUUAUGACAUAGCUAACGAGACCUCAAUAUCUGCACAGCUGGCAAUGUAUGUCCCAAUGCAACAAUACAUAUUCCCCAUCCCCUCUUUCAUUAUGCACACACAGAGACUGACAUCAAAUGGAAUCUCAUUGUUCUUUAUAUAUUAUGUCCAAGCUACACCAAACAUCUAAAGUGUAGAGUUGCACAGGCUUUUUUUUUUUUAGUAAAACAUAAAAAUUAUUUACCAAUGGGUAAGAAACUAUGGCAUACAUGUAAUCACUUGAUAAACCAGUUAUCUUACAUGGCCCAAUGGAGAAGAUAAAAAUAUAGUUAGUCCAUUAUUUUCCAACUUUCUAAUAUGGUGCAGGAUGAUAAAAUUUCUUUACAAUCAGCUUACAGUACUGUCAAAAAUACAGUAUGGCAACUUCACAUAUGAUAAGUGCUAUCCUGCAUUCACUCUUUUUUGUUCUUUUGAAUGAAUCCCAUAUAAGCUGCUUCUUUUUACAAAAAAUGUGAAAGCCAUUUUGAUUUUGUUUUGGUAUGUUCAUAAUCUCCUCUGUACCCUCAAAGCAGAGUGUCUCAGUGUCAAAAUUUUCCAUCAUCCCAAUUUUCACACAUCAGUUGCAGGAUCUGUAAACGCUGAUCUUAGAUACGAACAUUCUGUAACUUGAAUUCAUUCUUCUGGCUUUCAAGUGAAGGAGAUUCAAAAAUUUCCAGAUGUAUUUCAGCUGAAACACACAUAUAUAUGCACACACAAAUAUGCACAAACAGGGCAACAAUCAUGAGAUGACUUGAGUUAUUUCUAACAACAGGAAGGAAAUGCAAAGAUAAAUGUAUACUUUUUAGCCCUAGGUAAGAUAAAAUGAGCUGUUAAUAAGACACAAGUUCCCAGCUUCAGAGAUCCAGGAUAUGUGUUUGUGUGUAUCUGUAUACAGAAUAAGACACACACACACACACAUUUGGCAAUCAUAUUGUUAUGCAGAGAAUUCUGUGCUAUUGUGCUUAAUCUGCAAAUCUAUUUCUAAACUGAUCUUCAACAUUUCCCCCUCUUGACAUUUCAUACAGUAUUUGACUCUCCAAAAUUCAAUAAUAAAACUAUUUCAGAAAAUAGUUUGAUCUGAUCGGUAAUAAAAAUAGGCAAAAUAGAUUCGUAUUUCAUGCUUUUGAAACAACAUGCCGAAUGGGAACCAGUGUAAAAGGUUCUAAGUAAAAAACCCCUUUUCUUUGUAUUGAACUGUGAACAAAUCUAUGCAAUGUCCACACCUUUUGCAACUUACAGUAAAUGUUGGAUUUUGGAAAUACAGAGUACGGAUUCAAGUCACCAACCAUUUCUUUCUAUGGGCCUAACAUAUGUGCUGACCUGUUCUUUCAAUAUAUCUCUCAUUUCUAUUAUAGCUAAGUUUGAACACUGUCAAGUACUGCUAGCUGGAAAAGGUAAAAUGGGACAAAACUCGCUUAACAAAUGUCCCACUUAAUAACAGAAAUUUUGGGCUCAAUUGUGGUCAUAAAUUAAGGACUACCUGUACUGCAAAGUAAAGCAAAUGUUUGUAAACAGAAUCAAAGAAGAAAACUGAAUGGUUCAAUUCUGAACUUAUAGGGAUUUAGCAAUUAGCAAUUCAAAACAAGCCAUCUAGUUAGUCUGCCUUGCCAUCUUCGUUUUAUUUUGUUUUACAUAUUAGAAAAAAAUAAUGAAACUCAAGUGAACUACAAGUGGAAGAUGGCUUUGUAAAAACUCUAUGAACCUUGUGCCUCCAAAACCCGAAAUUAUUCUUUCAUUAUGUCUGUGGAGAUUCUCAGUCAAUCCAGGUCAUACUUUUCUCAAAGGUGCUUUUUCAAAAGGCAACUGGAUUGUCUUUUCUUGAGGAAAAAAAAA